CACCCUCGACUUCGUCGUCGUCGUUCGAAAAACGACAUUUUUCGCCCUUGUAUCGAAAACUACUAUUAUAUUACUUAGGCGGCAGCGGCUCAUAUGAGACAACGGCUUUUUAGCACGGAUUUUCGGGGAAUGCUUCAUAUCAGCUGCUGCCAAGCAAUGGUUUCUUUAACUUAGAGAGUUUGACCGAUUUACUGUUACAGAGACUGUAAUGUAUUUGCAAAUAAAUGCUUUAAGUUUUUCAAGUCGCUUUUCAAUUGACGACCCUUCGGGUCGAUUGGACUUUUUGCAGUUUGGAUAGAUGUGGCUUGGGCCCCGGUUUUAGUGCCCCCCAAGUCGCAUCUACAGCGUUAGUUGACUUAGCUGUAGCAUGUAGAUUUACUCGCUUUUCCCCAUCUGGUUCCCCUAUCAGAGGAGUGCGGGUGGGUGGACAGGGUCACCAACCAGCUCAAAUAUUUGGUGCCUAGAAAUGGAAAUGUCUGCCACGGUUUUUGCAAACUGACCUACAACAGAUUAAUGGAUGGGGGCAGUCUGCACUUUCCAAACCCGUUAUCCACUCCCCAUCCAUGCUGCAUGUUCAUGGAUGGAGGCCAGGUAAGUAGAGACCAUUCGCCCAGACAUCUCCAUUUCUGGAACCAACGCAUCCACUUUGCACUGAACCCAGCAGGAACUAAAAUACGCUUUUAAUAGCCGCACUUUUUUAGCCCCAAACUCUAGCCAUUGACUGUGGAAGCGGCAGCGACUGCCCUGCGGAUGUCCACGACGUGAAGAAGCAGCUGGAGACGCUGAUCGAGCACAAGUGCAAGCAGAUCGGGAAGACCAGCUUUAACGGGAAAUGCAACGCCAUCCAUCUGGAGCAGUGGAUGAAGUCGCAGCUGGACAACGCCGAGCCUGUUAGUCCCGUGGUGGAACACAUCGACGAAGUGUGGACUGAAGACAAGCUGCGAAAGAGGAGCGAGGAGCUGCAGUUGAUUGACUCCAAAG